AGCAAAGUAUAGUGAGUAUGCGACAGACCGCAAGUUCCGGGCCAAGCUGAACCAUUUCACUCAGCCUUUACCAAAUAGACUGAAGCGCGAUUAUAAUAACAUACGAAUCAAGUACAGAUGGAGUUCUGGCGGCUGGUGGUGCGGCCCACACGGAGAGCAAACCUUGUCGCCAAACUGAUGCGAGACUUGGAGAGCGGCCAUUUCGCAGCACCCAAGGCACUUGACGUUCUUACACAAUACCGCACCGAGCAGUUGUCUUACUCCCUAACGGGGAUACCUCGCGUCACGCUUCCAGAGAAGCCCCUCAUUCGGGCUUUCCUGCAGAAGUACCCAGAGGCCCGGGCCGAGCCGGUGGCGCUAGACUCCUUCACUCCGCCCCUGGCGCGGCAGUUUGCGCAGCGGCAGCUACAGCUGAUGCAGGCAGGCGCUGCGCGGGAACAGGCGUUCACACAGGCGGAGCAGGAGCUGGCGGGGCGGUUACAGGCGCUGCGGAGUCGCCUGCUGGGCUCUGCGGCCACGGCGCUGUCCGAGGGGGCCCAGGCGGCCGUGCCGGGGCCGGCCGCGUCCGGCGUGCGCGGUAUGGUGGAGUUGCUGCAACAGGAGGAGCAGGAGGCGCUGGACGCGGGGCUGGAGGCACUGGCGUCAUCGGCGCAGCAACAGCAGCAGCAGCUAUCAGCCAACUCGCGAUGACGCGUGUAUUUGCUCAGGGCGGGAUGGGAUGUGAGACAUGACUAGUUAGGUGAUGGCGGGGUGGGGGGCGGGGUGGUGUGCGGACAUAGGUGUGGCGAUGGCGAAAGGAUGGAUCGCUGGACUUGCGUGCUGACGAGUGAGCGGAUGCCACUGAGCCCGGUAUGCCCCGCUUGACGUUUUGGUGUGUACGGCGGUUCAGUGUUGCUGUUUGCUAGCUGGGCACUGAACGUGGCAGGGAUAGAGAGGCCCUAAAUUAAGCGGCCGCAGGGCGCAGGCCAAGACGGUCAGGACUCAGGAUUGAGGAGCUCGGGGCUGUUCCAGUAUGCAUGGUGCAUGAGCUGGCAACGUCUGGAUGGUAGCUGACUCUCGGCCCGAGAGCCGAGAGGUACUUGAGUUGGCAAGGCGCAUUGUGUGAGGACUGAGGACUCAGGGAUGCUACCACCAGCCCGCUGUGUUCAUGCGAUGGUCCAUGGAUGCGCAGGCGAAGGUACGGCCACGAGGUGCGCCCCAAUCCUCACGAAUGUCUUUCGCCUUCCGAAUGGCUUGACUAAAUGCUAACAUGGCAUUGAGACGGCUUGUAUGCAAGGCAA